AUGGAUGGCUCAAAGACCGUUGAAGCUCCACACAGGAACGCCAACCAAUCUCCCAUAGAACAGCGAACAUCCCCUUUCCAAGAAAGGCAAAGCAAAACAUCACCUACUAUGAUACGCAAAACGAGUCUGAAGAGUCUUCGUACUCACAACACCGUACCACUAGCGUUAGUUCUCUAUCCUUUCAUACUACUGGCAUUGAUUCCGGCUGUGUUUACCACACACAUUUAUUGCCAAAACGGUACGGUCAUAGUCACUCCACCGUCACAGUUCCUAUACUCUGUGCUUCAACAAGGCAUGUCGGAACAGAACAACGAACCAAACAUCUACCUUUGCACUUCCACCAUCCGCACACGAAGAGAAAGUGAAGGCCUUUUGUGCCGACAAAACCCUUUUACGACAUCUCUAUUGGGGAACCCCCACUGUUGGCCUGAAGGUGCCAUCCUAACCGCUAUAUCUCUUGCCGCAGUUAUAGUAUUACUGGCGCUUCUCCUUGGCAUACUGAUCAGGAACAAAUGGUCCCAACUAAGACAAUCUAUAAGCCACCAUCAGCCCACCCUAAGAACGCAGGAAGACAAAGGAACACCAUUCACCCUAAGACACCUGAAACCGUCAACCUUUGUCACAGGAGCGCUAGUAGUGCUGACUAUCUGCACCGCGCAAAUCAAUUCUUGCCAACACUUUCACGCUCAUUAUAACGCCGAGCUCAUAUGUGACGACUCGAACAAAUGUACCGUCGAGUAUGAACAAGAGCUGUUCUUCAAUAAACUUCAUCGGAAAGUCUGCAUCAUGCUUCGGUAUCACAAUAACACAGUGGGCAAUCUCAAACUCACUCUCCAACGGACGCGUCGAAUCUGCAACAAAGAAACGUUGUUCUUCACUCGAAACACAGCUGCGAAGGUGUAUUACGAGAGACGGUGCCCAUUUAUGGCAUUGAAGAUAAAUGCAGGACUCUGCAGCCAAACGACAGCAUCUUAG